UUUUUUGUUGUGACUCUGUACGUCCCCCAUUCAUAGGCAGCGACCAAGCGCUGAUCAUAAGGAUGUCGUAUACACUAUAAGGCCAGAAGUAUGUGGAAACACCUUCUAAUUGACUUUAGCUAUUUGAGCCACACCAAUUGCUAACAGGUGCAUAAAAUCCAUCACAUAGCUACGAAAUCUCUAUAGGCAACAUUGGCAGUACAAUGGGUCGUACUGAAGAACUCAGUGACUUUAAACGUGGUACUGUCAUUGGAUGCCACCUUGGCAACAAGUCAGUUCGUGAAAUUUCUGUCUUACUAGAUCUGCCACGGUCAACAGUAAGUGCUAUUAUUGUGAAGUGGAAGCGGGUAGGAGCAACAACAGCCCAGCCACGAAGUGGUAGACCACGCAAAAUAACAGAGCGAGGCCGACGAGUGCUGACUCGUGUAGUGGAAAAAAAUCGCCUCUCAUCUCUUGCAUCACUUACUACAGAAUUCCAAACUGCCUCUGGCAGCAAAAUCAGCACAAGAACUGUGCGUCGAGAGCUUUGUGAAAUGGGUUUCCGUGGCCAAGAUGCUGUACACAAGCCUCACAAUAACAAGGAGAAAGCUGUGCAGCCCCAGAGUGACAAAGUGCCAUUGCAUGCCAUCGCUGCUGGUGACCUGGUGAUGGUGAAAAGUUUUUCUCGAAAGGCUGCUCUAGAGCCGAAGUGGAAAGGACCUUUUAAAGUACUACGUACCACCAACAGAGCUGUAAAAGUUGCUGAAAUCAAAUCGUGGAUCUACAUGUCUAAUUGCAAGCUUGCACCUCCAGAGACUGAUCCAGUUACUGAGAAACCAAAGGGCAUAGACUAAGUGUGUAGAGGAGUAUUAUUCCUUAUCCCUUACUGUUGGAGCAAUAUGUGAAUGACUUGUUGAGAAAUUUCAUAGUAAAGCGGCAGUAGAUUGGCUGAUAAUUGGCCUGAGUGCUACCCAUGCAUUUUGUAUUUGUAUUCUUGUUACUGACUUAUUUUGCUUCUUUAACUCUUUAAGUGUGGAUGACGCUUUUGGAACUCAUUGCAGCCCCCCUGCACUUUAAAGGGAUACUAAACCCAAAUGUUUUAAUUUCAUGAUUCAGAUAGAGCAUGUAAUUUGAAGCAACUUUCUAAUUUACUCCUAUUAUCAAUUUUUCUUCAUUCUCUUGCAAUCUUUAUAUGAAAAGUUGCAAUGUAAAACUUUGGAGCUGGCCCAUUUUUGGUUCAGAACCCUGGAUAGCGCUUGCUUAUUGGUGGCUACAUUUGCAAUGGCAGUACAAUAGCAAUAGCGCAAUACACUAGUAUUUCAUAUAUAUUACUCUUACUUUUGCAAAUUAUGAAGUGCUGCACUGUUUGUAACAAUCGCUGCUUACUAUUGAGUCUUGGUACUUAGUGACAUAAGCAGGCAAUCCCUUUUUUUUCCUAGAGCACAUGCCCAAAAAAAUGAACGUGCAACUAAGAAGCACAUGCGCAUUACAGUAAAGGGCAUAUUUUCAUUUAAUUUUAAAAUUUUAAUGGCAUGAAUAGAUGGCCAUCUGUUUAAAUAGAGGCUCAUUUGAGCCCCUAUGUGCAGAUUAAAGUUACCUAAUUAUACAGAAAGGCUCUUAUUCAUAUGAUAACCCCUUUGUUUUACUAUAGUUUAGGGGGGGGAAAUCAUGUACUACUGUUUAUAACGUUGUUUAUUAAAAUUGUAAUUAAAAAAUAUUUUUUUCCCCUCA